AUGGCCCAUGCAAGGAUUCAUGGUAAAUAUGGCUUCAAAGGUGGCAGUACGGAGGUGUGCAGCACCAGAUCCUUUUGUGGCGGUGGUGAAGCUCUCGCUCGUCCUCUAACCGUCGAGGUGCGGAGCUUCCUCGAUAUGGUGCUCUCUGAAAAGAUCCUCGGUUUCACUGAUGAGAGCGAUCUUCUUGAAGCCCUCAAGCAAUGCUCUCGGGCUCAUCAGAAAGUGAUUAGAGAAGCAGCUGCGGGCCACGAUUGGGACAGUCAUCUUUUUGCUCUACACCAAAUAGCCGAAUCAGACGGCAAGGAGCUUUCGAGUAUUUUCGCUGAAGCCGCCUAUCAGCGUAUCCAGUCAGUAGAUCUCCGCACUUCACCACUCCGGUCUGAUUGCGCUUCAACUUGUCACCUGAAGGGUGGUGUGCUUACCGGCGCUCGCCUGCCUUCUUCCCAUGGUGGCUAUGGCAUUGUCUAUGCAAUUAAUGACGGUGGCUGCAGUGCUUGCAUAACUACCAGACGUGAAUCUGGUAGUUAUUCCAAGGCAUCGGAGUUUGCGGAGGCUGUCCGACAGAGUCUUCGACAACUCGCCAGAAUCCUCCAAUCGUGA